GGUCCUUUAGCCUUCCCCUUAGCUUAGCCGCAGCUAGUCAGCAAGUGAUCGGCACGAGCACCGUGCAUCUUAAUACCGUUCGAAUCACGAGAAACAAAUAGAAUUUUGACAACUUAAUUGGCAAAAAACGAAUCUCUUUGAGGACAAAGAGUAUAAAGAUGCCUUCAGCAACAGUCGGCAAUGGUGCGGCACAGUCUGCCAGUCCAGAAUUGGGACUUGGAAGUCAUUCUGAGGUUAUGAAGCAGGUUAUAAAUGUGAUUGAGAAGAAGGUUCGCAAUAUGGAAAAAAAAAAGGGUAAACUGGAUGACUAUCAGGCCAAGAAGAACAAUGGGGAGCGGCUGAAUCAGGAUCAGCUGGAUGCUUUGACAAAGUUUGGGGAGAUCACCAACAACCUUGAGUUUGCCCGGGAACUGCAAAAGGGCUUUUUGACUUUGGGCCAAGAGGUGAGCAAGGUGGUGAAGAAGUCUGUGAGGAGAGAGCAGCUACAGCGGGAGGAGAUGGAGCAGCGGAGGUUGAAGAUGGUCCUGGAGCUGCAGUUCCUUUUGGACCGGUUGGGAGAGGAAGAGGUCAGGCAGGACCUGAAACGACCCGAAGGUGACGGCACCUCGGUGCUCACCGAUGCCGACCUCAGAACCCUGGACCAGUUCUACAAGCUGGUGGGACCGGACAGGAACUACGACGUCAGGUUGACUGACCAGUACGAGGAUGCCUCACUACACCUGUGGGAGCUGCUAGAGGGCCGGGACAAGCCCGUAGCAGGGACCACAUACAAGGUGCUGAAGGAGACUCUGGACAAGGUGCUGCUAAGCGGCUACUUUGACCGAGUGCACACGCAUCAAAACGGAGCGGUGUGUGAGGAGGUGGAGGAGGGAGAGGAGGAGAGCCAGAUAGUGGAGGAGGAGGAGCAGAAGGCUGAGGAGCCACCAUCUGAACCUGGAACGGCUACUGAAGAUGACACUGAGCCUUUGGAAGUGGAAACCACAGAGUUUGUAAACAGACAGUUCAUUCCAGAAACGGCUUACAGCACAACAGAACAGGACCAAGUGGACGGCUGGGCAGUGGAGGCCCAGAUUGUGAAUUCCUUACAGCAUCAGCCCCUUGCCCAGCUCACGCCAGAGCCCCCCGCCAGCGUGGACCAGGACAUCACAUGCCCCCCGGCGGACCCUGUGGUCCGGAAGCAGGUGGUGCAAGACCUCAUGGCACAGAUGCAAGGCACCUUUAACUUCAUGCAGGACUCUAUGCUGGAGUUUGAUGGACAGGCCCUGGACCCAGCCAUUGUGUCUGCUCAGCCCAUGAAGCCAGCGCAGACUGUGGGCCUGCAGCAGAUGGGCCUUGUUUCAGCCCAUACCGAGUCCCGGCUUCCCCAAGCCACCAUGGUUUCUGGACCCCUGGAGUCCUCACAAGCCUCGCUGUCUCGUUCAUCUGAGCAGUGCCCUGCCCCAUCCUCCCUGCCCUCCGCCUUCCCACCUGUGUCCAAACCCACCCACAGUGGAGGCACCAAUGUCAAUGCUGCACCAUUCCAGUCCAUGCAAGCGGUAUUUAACAUGAACGCUCCUGUCCCCACUGCAAGCGAUGGAUCGGUGGAGCCGCUGAAGCAGCCUACCCAGUUUCCAAGUGGCUACGCACAGGGCUUCAGCAGCCCUGCGGAGCACACUGGGGAGCAGGCAGACGUGCCACAGGACGCUCUGCAGUCAGUGGUUGGUGGAUUCCAACCCCAUGAGCAGGCCAUGGCCCAGGCCGGGGCCCAGCAGCAGUCCGCUCAGCCUGCUGGCUUCACCCGGCCCGCCCAGCCCUACUUCAACGGCAGGGGUGCGCCCAGGGGUGGACCCCGGGGCGGCCGCGGCAUCAUCAACGGCUACCGCGGCGGGGCCUCCAACGGUUUCCGGGGUGAAGGCUAUCGCCCUCCUUUCUCAAACGCUCCCAACAGUGGUUAUGGCCAGAACCAAUUCAAUACGACUCGAGAUUAUCCCAAUAGUACCUACCAACGGGAGGGUUACCAGCCAGGCUACAAGCGUGGAGCUGCCCAGGGGGCUCGAGGCUGCCCCCGGGGUAAUGGCCAAGCGAUGCGAUCCUGAAGAGGACCCCCCUAAAUCCAUCAUACUGCGCCGCCCCCCCCUGAACAUUCACACUAUAAGAAUGUCAUCCUCGUCCCCAACCCCCCGGCCCC